UAAAGCCCAUGUUGCUACAUUGCUGCUUGUCUGAGGAAGACGGGAGGGGACGAAGUCGCCGCGAAUCGGAGCACCAUCUCCUCUUCGGUUGGUUGGAAGAUUCAGAACGAGUAGAAUCUCUCCUUUUUCCUCUUUUCAUCCGAGGAAGGUCCGAGAAUGGGGUUCGCUGUCUCAGCGACGGCGGUCAAGCCCUUUUUAUUGAUAAGAGCGAACCACUCGACCGCCCUCGACCUUUCCUCCGAUCGUACCGGCGGUAGUGUCUCCCGGUCGAAGAAGAACUUUGUCUUCGUCGUAAAUCCUAGAGGUGCUAAUGGAUGUACUGGAAGGGAAUGGAAGAAACUUCUGCCCUAUCUGCGCACCCGGCUUGGUGAACAGUGCAACAUAUACGAGUCUAUUACAUCUGGUCCUUUGCAUGGCGUGGACAUAACAAGGGAGGCAAUAAAGGAGGGAGUAGAUGCUGUAGUUGCUGUUGGAGGUGAUGGUACACUUCAUGAGGUCAUCAAUGGUUUCUUCUGGGAGGGUCAACCAGUGGCAGCUCUUGGACAAGGGCUUAAACCAUCCACCACACUUGGUCUCAUUCCACUUGGAACUGCCUCAGAUUUUGCUAGAACAUUUUCGUGGAGAAAUGAUCCAAAUGAAGCAAUUGAGAGAAUUCAAAGAGGAUUGAAAUCUAAACUAGAUGUUGGAAUUAUUACCGGUCAGACUGGAGAACAUCAUUUCUUCAUUAAUGUUGCAGACAUUCACUUGAGUGCAAAGGCAGGUUAUUAUGCUUCUAAAUACAAAGGUUUUGGAAAUUUUUGUUAUGUUUUGGGGGCUUUAAGGGCUUUCAUAGGGCAUGAAAGUCGGAACCUGAAAGUCAAGAUAGAUGAUGGGCAGUGGGAGGUAUUCCAUAAUGUCACUGCUAUCUGUAUAGGAAAUGGUAAAUAUUUUGGAGGUGGGAUGAAGAUAACCCCAACAGCAGAUCCAUCUAGUGGAAAACUUGAGGUUGUGAUUCUCCAAGACUUUAAGUGGUAUGACUUCGUUUUUAAAUUGCACAAACUAUAUAAUGGAUCACAUAUAUCAGAGAAAAAUGUAUGUUUGAAAAGGUGGAUGUAUAUUUUAUGUAUUGUGGCGACCUUUUGAUAUAAUAUUUGGAUCAGCUUUUGCUUUUUUGCCUGGAUUCAAACACAGUGGAAUGUUCUUUUUUCUUGUAACAUUUACAACGACAUUGACUUUUAUUUAUUUGGCCUCUCAUUUUAACCUUUACUUCUUAUUUACUUUUCCCUUUUUUUUCGAAAAUUUUGAUAAACCUUGUGAAUUGAUCUUACACAACCUGUUUCUGAUAAUAUUUACAGUGUAAAGUCAAUUGAAGUAGUUGAGGAAAUUUGCAAAGGUGACAUCUAUUACCAAUCUGAUGGAGAACAUUUAGGAUUUCUUCCUGCAAAAUGUUCAAUUCUACCAGCUGCAAUCGACUUCUUCUGCUGACAAGAUCCCAUCUGCUCUUUGUUCCAUUACAGUUUUUUAGCUACUUUAUUUUUUUAAAGCAUGCAUAGCUUGCAUUCUCUGGAAGUAUUUAUUUGCCUGUAACUGCAGAUUUGCACUAUUCUACAUGGUUGGUAUAUAUUUUCGUGUGGGGUUUCAUAGAACAUAUGAAAUAAUGAUGAGCAUAUGCAGUUGAGCGAUAAGGGGGAAAUAGAAGGUUAUUCUCCAUAUGGAAGGUGGAAGUCUACAAGGUUUCUGUACAUUGUGUAUGGGGGAAAUAUAAAAUAUUUAUAAGCAAAUUAUCAAUAUAAUUACAGCGAAUUCAUGUAGCCUACACAGAUGAUUAUGUCAUAUUUCCUUUUUUAAAAACCAGUGUUUCAGUGGAA